AUGCCUUUACCUUUGGAUGCUUUUAGUGAUGCUAAUGGUCAUCAAAGAGUCACUUUAUCUGAGCCCGGUGGUUCGUCGGUUGAGGUAAUAGUGCAAAGCGGGCAAGUCGUGUCUUGGAAGAAUAACCGUCGAGAAGAGCUUCUUUUCGUCACAAGCAAGAGUAAUGUAAACCGGUCACAAGCUCCAUUAUUCGGUGGAAUUUCCAUUAGCUUUCCUCAGGCUACUAAUUUCAAGCCUUUCGAGCAGCACGAAUACAUAAAACACAAAUUAUGGUUGUUAGAAAACGAGCCUCUUGAUCGUGCGCCAAGUGGCGACAGCCGGUUAUCUUCUGUUAAUCUCUUACAUCGAACCUCAGACAAAGGUUCGAAAAUCCUAGCAUGCAGAUUUGAGGUUCGGCUUAAUAUAUCAAUCAGCCAGGGAAAGCUCACUCUUUUGCCUUCGGUGAAAAACAUCGGCAAUAAGUCAUUUUCGUUCGCUUUCGCAACUCGUAACAGCUUAUCGAUUUCUGAUAUUAGCGAAGUGCGAGUGGAAGGGCUCGAAACGCUCGAUUACUUGGACCACACAAUGCACGGGAAGAGGUUUACUGAGCAAGCCGAUGCUCUUACUUUUGAUGGCGAGAUUAUUAGUCGUACGUACUUAAACACGCCUUCGAAAGUAGCAAUCAUCGAUCACGAGAGGAAGAGAACGUUCGUCGUGCACAAACAAGGCCUUCCCGAUUGUGUUGUAUGGAAUUCAGGGGAAAACAAAAAUGACUCUAAAAGAAUGGUUUCAUUAGAUUCAGCUGCCAUUGAAAACCCAAUUGUCUUAACACCAUUUGAAGUUUGGAGAGGAUUUCAAGAGAUAACAACAGUCUCUUCAAGCUAUUGUAGUGGUCAAUUGGAUCCAAAUCAAGUGGUCAAAGGCACUCUUAGUUGA